AUACAUCUCCCAAAUUUAGCUUCGUCUCAAGUUCCAACUCUCCCCCAUUCCCCGGAUCCCAUUGCACUGCAAUGAUCCGCCAUUGAUACAGAAAAUUACACAGAUCCAAUCUAUACAUACACUUCCCUUUGUGUAUCUAUAUCCAUACCCAUUUACAUAUGUCUCCUUCACCAAACUAUGAAUUUCAAGAAUGGUGGAACAAGCAAAGAGCAAGCGACCACAACGAGCUAUUAUCUUCAUCGGAAACUUCCAGUGUUUUGACGGUUGAUAUACGCAGCGCCUCCACGGCGGCAGCGGCUUCGGUGUCGGAGAAGGACCGGACACGCAGUGCCCGCCAGCUUUCAUGGAUUUACCUCCUUAAGGUCCAUCAAAUCGCACAUUUCUUGGCCUUUAUAACCAAUGGAUUUAUUACCCUCAUUCGCACCGCGAAGCGCCGUGUCUCGUCCAGCUCCUCCAGUUCUUAUCGGUCUGAAUCGAGGUUUUAUAAGAUCAUUAAGCUUUUCUUGUUGAUGAGUAUUGUUUUGUUGGUUUUCGAGCUCAUUGCCUACUUUAAAGGCUGGCAUUUUAGUCCUCCGACUCUGGAAUCGGAGGUUGAGGACUUAGUUGAGUAUAUCUAUGCCAAAUGGUUAAGAAUAAGGGCGAAUUACCUGGCACCGCCAUUGCAGAGCUUGACAAAUGCGUGCAUCGUGUUGUUCAUGAUACAAUCGGUGGAUCGGUUAGUAUUGGUGCUGGGGUGUUUUUAUAUCAAGUUUAGAGGACUGAGACCAGAAGCGGAGAUGGAGUUCAUGGAAGAUGCCGAAAAUGGGGGCGUGAAUUUGGAGGAUUAUCCAAUGGUGAUGGUGCAAAUACCAAUGUGCAAUGAGAGGGAGGUAUAUCAACAAUCUAUUGCAGCAGUAUGUAUUCAAGAUUGGCCUAGGGAGAGAAUGCUUGUACAAAUACUGGAUGAUUCUGAUGAUACAGAUGUUCAGGCUCUCAUUAAGGCAGAAGUGCAUAAAUGGCAACAAAAGGGUGUGCACAUCAUAUACAUACAUCGUCUUGUUCGCACAGGCUAUAAGGCAGGGAAUCUUAAGUCUGCAAUGCAUCGUGAUUAUGUCAAAGAUUAUGAGUUUGUCGCAAUAUUUGAUGCGGAUUUCCAGCCCGCUUCAGAUUUUCUGAAGAAAACUAUUCCUUAUUUUAAGGGAAAAGAUGAUCUUGCCCUGGUUCAAACCAGGUGGAGUUUCGUCAACAAGGACGAGAAUUUGCUGACAAGGUUGCAGAACAUAAAUCUGGCUUUCCAUUUUGAGGUCGAGCAACAAGUCAAUGGGUGGUUCAUCAACUUCUUUGGUUUUAAUGGAACUGCUGGUGUGUGGAGAAUCAAAGCCCUGGAGGACUGCGGUGGCUGGUUGGAGCGAACAACCGUUGAAGACAUGGAUAUUGCUGUCCGUGCUCACCUUUAUGGUUGGAAAUUUAUCUAUCUGAAUGAUGUCAAGUGUUUAUGUGAACUACCUGAAUCUUACGAGGCAUACAAAAAACAGCAACACCGCUGGCACUCAGGACCCAUGCAGUUGUUCCGCUUGUGCUUUGUUGACAUACUACGCUCGAAGGUGAGCUGGGUGAAGAAAGCAAAUCUGAUAUUUCUCUUCUUCCUCCUGCGGAAGCUUAUACUACCAUUUUAUUCGUUUACUCUCUUCUGCAUUAUUCUUCCGUUGACCAUGUUCCUGCCAGAAGCUCAGCUGCCCUUUUGGGUUGUUUGUUAUAUCCCAGGACUUGUCUCUAUACUGAACAUCCUUCCGUCUCCUCGAUCAUUUCCAUUUAUCGUGCCUUAUCUUCUUUUCGAGAACACCAUGUCUGUGACCAAGUUCAAUGCCAUGGUAUCAGGACUCUUCCAGUUGGGAAGUUCUUAUGAGUGGAUCGUCACCAAGAAAUUGGGUAGAUCAUCAGAAGCAGAUUUAGUCGCCAUGGUGGAAAAUGAAUCGGCGCCUUUGGUGGAAAGUGGCUGGGUCCACAGGUCAUCCUCCGAAUCAGGUCUUGCCGAGCUUAACAAACUAGAAAUGACCAAAAAGACCAGGAAAAAAAGAAGAAACCGUCUAUACAGGAAGGAACUUGCUCUUGCAUUCAUAUUGUUGACUGCAUCGAUGAGAAGCUUGUUAUCCGCACAGGGAAUUCACUUCUAUUUCCUCUUGUUUCAAGGUAUCACUUUCCUAGUUGUUGGACUUGAUUUGAUAGGAGAACAGGUGAGUUAAUCCAAUUGAUUCUCAUUGUGUUGCUAGCUGUUCUGCAUGGAUCAAGCCAGGAACAUAGAAAGAAAUCAAGCAUUUAUCUUAUAAUUCAAGUAACAUUAAGACCCCGGGAAAGGUCCAGAUCCAUACGUUUGAAGAAAGAUUUUAUACCAUUUUGUUAGUGUUAAAUUAUAUGCCCUCAAUUGAUGCAAGCGGCUUUCAAGUGGUGAAGAUCUCAAGAGAAGAGUAUAUAUAGUAGCAGGAUCAUUGGAUUUUAUCUGAAUCUCUUAGAACAAUUUGAUUUUAUUGUACAUGUUGCCUGUGUAAGUUUUUGAAGGCUUUUAUUUUGGUUAAAUGUUUCAGUCUUUAUCUCUGUAAUUAAUUAUGUGAUGUACAAUUACAUACAUUUUUAUGGGAAAAGAGAACAUUCACUUGGAGUUUAUGUUAUCA